AUGAAGAAGCAGUGUGGUGCCAUCCUGGUGCCUUGGGGGACGCCGCAGCCUCCUUCGCACUCCAACCUCACGCUCGAGCCUCCUUCUCGACCUGAACCUCACCCCCUGAGCCUCCUCUCGCACCUCCCCCAGGCCUCACCCCUGAGCCUCCCUCGCACUCCAGCCUCACCUCGAUUUUUCAACCUCACCCUCGAGCCCCCUCUGCACUCCAACCUCACCCUCGAGCCUCCCCUCUCGCACCUCAGCCUCACCCUCGAGCCUCCCUCUGCACUCCAGCCUCACCCCUCGAGCCUCCUUCUGCACUCCAACCUCACCCUCGAGCCUCCCUCGCACUCCAGCCUCACCUCGAGCCUCCCUCCUGCACUCCAGCUCACUCCCCGAGCCUCCCUCUGCACUCCAGCCUCACCUCGAGCCUCCCUCCUCGCACCCAGCUCCACCCGAGCCUCCCUCUGCACUCCAGGCCUCACACCUCGGGAGAGCCUCCCUCCUCACCCAGCCUCACCCCGAGCCUUUUUCUCACUCCAACCUUACCCCGGGAGCUCCCUCUCGCACUCCAACCUCACCAUCGAGCCUCCCUCUCGCACUCCAACCUCACCUUCGAGCCUCCCUCUCGCACUCCAGCCUCACCCUCAAGCCUUUUUCUCGCACUCCAACCUCACCCUCGAGCCUCCCUCUCGCACUCCAGCCUCACCCUCGAGCCAUUCACUCUCCACUUGUCCUCACACUUGA